GACGCCUCUGGGGUUCCACUUCAGUGGGUUUGGCGGCAGCAUCGCGAACAUGGGCUACACAUUUGCCUACUUCUUAUUACAGAUCAGCGGCAGCAACCUGGCCGAGGAAGAGGAAACCGCCGCGGCAGCAGUAGCGCGUGCGUUCCCGAGACGACGAAGCUGCUGUGCCCGUCGCCGGCAAGGAUGCUGCUCCUGGGCGCCGGGUUCCUGCUGUGCGCGGCCGUCGCUCCGGCCGCCGCCGCGGCGCACAACACGUUCGUGUGCCUGCCGAAGCCGGUCAAGUUCGACACGUGCACCAGCAUCCGUCUGCUGAGCCCGUGCCAGACGGAUCAAGACUGCGACACGCGCGUCUGCUGCAAGGACUGGUGCGGAAACUACUGCGCCUUCAAGCAGCGGAGCUUCGCCGUCGCGAAGCCGCCGCCCGUGGAGCCGGCCGCAAUCGACGACGACGAGGCUGAAGAGACCACGGCUCCGCCUCCGCCGCCCGUCAGGGGCAACCGAGGGGCCGACGACGAGAACGAGGAGGAGCCGCCACGCCGCAACAACGUGCGCAGGCGAUACAAGAACCGUGCAGGCCGGCGCCGCCAUCGCAUGGACGCCGGGGGCUCGGACGGCGCGAUCAUGCACGUACCGGGCAAGGACGGCGACGACCGGGAGCCUUCUGGAAAUGGCUUAGGAGGCCAGUUGGAGCACGAGUAUUUCGACGUCAGGAAAUAAAUGUGCUGGCAACUCUCUUGCUACGCGAGUGCUGUACUCAACCGAG